UAGUUAGUUUUAUCCAAUUAAGCUUCGAUUGGCGUGCCGUCUCAUUAAUCUUCUUCGAGCUCGAUCAUCACCGCCCUUCCCAACGUCACUCACUCGCCAACAACCUCUAUUAAUCUCUACAUCCCCUUCUCCAUUCCCAUCUCACUCAAUCUUGAUUUCGAUCUUGGUCUCUCUUGGAGAAGAUGCCGGAGUCUUCGCUGAAAUCCGCUGCGCUUCUGGACCAGAUGAAGCUCCACAUGGCCACAGAUGCCGGGAAGGAGCUCACCAAGAAGAUUGGCCUCGUUUAUCAGCUCAACAUCGCUCCUAAGAAAAUGGGGAUUGAUGAGAAGGUGUUUGUUGUGGAUCUCAAAGAAGGGAAAGUUUAUGAAGGGUCUUAUGAGGGGAAGCCGGAUGCGACGUUCUCGUUCGCUGAUGCGGAUUUCUUGGCCGUGGCCACUGGCAAGAUGAAUCCUCAGAUGGCGUUUAUCAGAGGAAAGAUGAAGAUCAAGGGGAGCAUGAGCGCGGCUCAGAAGUUCACUCCGGACAUCUUCCCUAAACCCUCUAAGCUCUGAGGGCAAAGCAUACCUGUGAGGGCACUUCUUUUAUGCUAAUUGCCAAUAAAUAUUUAGGUUAAUCCUUGAAGAAAUCUUCAUAAAUGCCUCAUGUUAUCAAUUAGUACUAUAAUUGUGAUACUUUUCUUGUUUUCAUUUCUUUAGAUGUCAUAUACAACUGCUUUUGAUGUUUUUUUUUCUUAUUACAAGUAUAUAUGAGAGUGUGCCCUUUUGAAGUUGUCUGUUAGAUCCUGAUAAAAGAAAUAAUUUUUUUUUUUUUGGAUUUUUGUGUUCUGUUUAGGAACAGUGUACAUAAUUUAAGUUGCUGUUGUUCAUGUU